UCACUUCUAUUUCAAAAGGACCUGUUCAUUGCCUUAGAAUGCCACCUAAAAAGAAGAAGCAGCCUAGAAAUGCAUUUUUCUUCUUUAUGAUGGACUGGAAGAAAGAAAAAGAAGAACAAGGCCAACGUUUCAAAAAUCUUCUUGAGGUGACAGCACUUUGCUCUGAAGACUGGAAACAUUUACCUGAACACAAUGUGCGGAUUUAUAAACAAAUGGAAAAAGAGGCGAAAGGUCAAGACAAGGAUGACAAAGCAAACAAAUUUAAUUCUCUCGGUGUACCCUAUACGCAGAUUGAUAAUGCUAAAAGAGAGCAAGAACUUGCUAAUCAGAAGAUGUACUCUGAUAUUGAUAACAUGUUGGCUGCAUUAGCUACCAAGGAUUGUGAUGGAUCGUCCCUCAAAAAUCAUUGUUUUUACUUGAUUCAUACUAAUGUGUAUUGCUAUUGGGGGGAAAAAAAGAAAUACAUCCCGGCUGAAGUGGCUAUUUCCAAGUUUAACCUGACAAAUGGAGUUUUGGACACCUAUCAUGUCUUCCCUGCCCCCCAUGAUACCAAUGGUGAUAUUCCUUUAGGCUACAGGUAUGAAGUGAAACAAAACACUGAUUCGGUUCAUAAUAUUCCUGACCCAAGGGAUUUUGACCUUGUAGAAAGAGACUGGGAUAAGAUCAGGCGGGAAGUGUUCAACUUUUUGGAGGUGAGGGGGACAACUGGUUUUCCACUAAUAUUCACUAUGAGUGGAGAUGAUGCAAACACUAAUUGCUAUGAGAUGGCAUCCAGAAGUUUUUUGGAAGAUGUGUCAAUUUAUUCUGAUGAGAGUUUCCGUCUCUAUGAUCUCUCCCUCUUUUUCUUUAAGUUCUAUGAAGUGUGCCAGGAUAUGGCAGUCAAAAUGUUUGAUGAUCAGGAGGAAGCUUUCAUUGUUCAGGGUGUUGCGCACCAGCAGUUGAAUAGAGACAUAUACAAUUUCGCUGAAGGAAUCACCUGCGAGUUUCACGCAAAUACUGACCUCUACCACAACUGUAGCAAGUCAUUUGUCCAAAGAUGGGUUUUUUUAAUUUGUGAAUUUUGCUGUAAAGCUAUGCAAAUUAAAUUGGUCCCGGGAAAGCACUGCAUCUCAUCUGCUAAAGUAUCCUUGUCAUACAUGGAUAACGAUUCUAGAAAAAGAUCACAACUAACAGCAAGUGCUGUUAGCAGUGAUUUGAAAAACCUUACCUUAGGGACAAGUCCGCAGAACCCUCCGGCUGGAGCUUGGGGUGGAAGGAUGCAUACCGAGGCUAAGACUCAACCCAUAGACAAAGAGGUUCUUUUUAUUGAUAGAUCAAAAGUCCCAGAUCCUACUCAGAUAAGAGUUCUGCAGACUGGCCAGUCUGCAAAUGUGGUUUCUGAAUUCAUGCCAGAACCAAGUAAUGUCAGGCUUCCCACUACCAGGGGAAGAGGUGAAACAUUAGCUCGGGCCUUGAGCCUUCACAAUGCUGCUGCCAACCCAUCUUUAUCAUCUGAUGAUUUUCCUGCUUUGGGUUCCUCCAGACCAGGACGGCUUGAGAAACCUCUUUCUACAGGAUGGGGGCGAGGUUUCUUGAAGCAGCAGUAACUCCCAACAAAAAUCUUCAAUUUUGCAUUUCAAGUGGUGGACUGUUGUUGAACAUAAUCCUAGGAGUGGACCUUGG